ACAUUACAUUUCGAACGCAGUGCGUGGUGAAUAUCUCUUGUAACAGCGAAAAUAUUUUGUGUGAAAAUAAAUUGACGACGGGAAGUUUUGCUAUUAGUCAAUUGUUUUUGGCGUUCUUCAUACAAAUAUAUUCGACGGCAUAAGCGCUUCCAAGUCCAUGGCCAUGGAUGGUGGCGAGCAAGAGCAAAACUUUCGUAUGGGCCCGUUGUCGCCACAGGAAAUAAAGCCAGACAUUUCCAUAUUAAAUGAAAACAACACUAGAGGAUUUUCUCCCAAGUCAGCAAGUCCCGUUUCUUUCGGAGCUAUCGGAUUACAGACAAUGAAUAUUACAAACACAGUAGGAGUUGCAGCAGUUUCAGGUCACAAUACGAAUCAGAUGCAACAGCAACAAUAUCCCCCAAAUCAUCCAUUAAGUGGAUCGAAGCAUUUGUGUUCCAUAUGUGGGGAUAGGGCAAGUGGCAAGCAUUAUGGGGUCUACAGUUGUGAAGGAUGCAAGGGAUUCUUUAAACGUACGGUUCGUAAGGACUUAACUUAUGCUUGUCGUGAGGACAGAAACUGCAUAAUCGAUAAAAGGCAACGAAAUCGCUGUCAAUACUGUCGAUACCAGAAAUGUCUGGCUUGUGGUAUGAAAAGAGAAGCAGUUCAAGAGGAAAGGCAACGGGGAACUCGCUCCCAGAAUGUUCGUACAGGCGAUGAAUUCAAUCCAACUAGCACUGUUAGAGAUUUAACGAUAGAAAGAAUAAUUGAAGCAGAACAAAAAAGUGAACAACUUAGUGGAGAUAACGCAAUGCCAUUCCUUCGAGUUGGACCGAAUUCUAUGGUUCAACCUGAUUAUAAAGGAGCUGUGUCACAUCUUUGCCAAAUGGUUAAUAAACAACUUUAUCAAAUGGUUGAAUAUGCUCGGAAGAUGCCACAUUUUGCGGAAUUGCAACGAGAUGACCAAGUACUUUUACUCAAAGCUGGCUGGAACGAACUUCUUAUAGCAAAUGUGGCAUGGUGCAGUAUGGAUUCCAUAGAUGCUGAUUAUGCUACAUCAGGUGGUCAUGAUUCAAAUUUCGGACGUCGUUCACCCAUACGCCAACCUCAACAACUUUUUCUUAAUCAUAACUUUUCCUAUCACCGUAAUAGCGCAAUAAAAGCUGGUGUUGCGACUAUAUUUGAUAGAAUUCUUUCCGAGCUCAGCGUUAAAAUGAAACGACUUAAUAUUGAUCGAUCUGAACUAUCAUGCUUAAAAGCUAUUAUAUUGUUUAAUCUGGAUAUACGCGGCUUGAAAGGGCGCAAUGAUGUGGAAGUUUGCAGGGAACAGGUCUAUGCUUGCCUCGAUGAACACUGUCGUACUGAACAUCCUGGCGACGAUAGUCGAUUUGCCCAACUUUUACUUCGGCUGCCUGCUUUGAGGUCCAUUAGCCUUAAGUGUCUGGACCAUUUGUUUUUCUUUCGCAUUAUGGGUGAUAAACCUUUGGACCAGCUUUUCUUUGAACAGCUUGAUGCACAAAUGUGUUGAGCAAUAAUAUGCUUAUGUAUUUAUUCACUUAUAAAGUGCUUCGCUAGAUAUUAUUCAGCCCUAUCGUUAAUUCCAUGUGAAUAAAUCGUUCCCAUAAUUUAACAUGCAAAACAAAAACAAAUUGGGAAACAUUUUUUUUUUGCUUUGUAAUUUUUGGGAAUAUUUGUUCAUGUGAAAUUCGCGAUAGGGCCGAUUGAUUUGGAACCACCUUUUCAAUUAUGUUCUUGAAAUAUAUUUCUCUUAGUAAUUCACUAUUUACUGUACAAAACUUUUUUUAAUACAGACAUAUUGUAAAUUAAAUAAAUGUAUUUAAUCCCUUAAAAUCUAAA